AUGCCCAGCGCAAUUGGCAUUGUCAAUCCCGCCAACAUGGCGCGCAACCUGCGCGACGACGAGAAACUCGUCGUCAACAACUUCGAACGUCACGCCAGCCACUGCAACUCGUGCUUCGAUCCCCUCAAAACCCACAAGGCCAAAGGAUCCCUCUGCAACAGAGGCACCGCCUACGCCAAAGACCUGACGAGCUAUGUCUUCAGCCGCAACGGCAAGUACUACUCCUCAGUCGACUUCGAGAGCGGCAAGUCCACCCGCGUCAACGUUCCCAACGAAGCCCUCUCCGUCCGCAGCCUCCUCGUCGCCAUCGAGCACGGUCUGCGCACCCGCCAGGGCCCCGUCGUCGUCCAGCCAGUCCAGCCCGUCCAGCCCACUGCACCCGUCAGCUACGACCGCACCUACCAGGUGAUCGCCCGCGGACCGGGCCACGUUCGCCCUCGCUCCAUGUCGCCAGACGGCCACCAGAUCAUCGAGCGAUCCCCGCGUCUCUCGCGCUCGCCGGCUUCCAUCACCUACCGCUCGCCCGGUGGCUCGCCCAGCGGCUCCCCUAGCCGCCCUUCUUCUAGCCGUGGAUCGCUCUGGGAGAUCGAUGAGCACAGGCGCAUCGAGCGCCGCAGUGAGCCUUCCCGUCGCAUCGUCGAUGGCUCCUCCGGCCGGUACCACCGUUGA